AUGAAUUGUCUUAGCCUGAAUGUUAGGGGAAUUGGCGAAGGAAGCAAGGUUAGCUGGGUGAAGCGUCUCAAGAUCCAAAACAUAAUUUCUUUCUUGGGACUGCAAGAGACUCAAUUGAUGGAUACAAGCGCUAUUGAUGUAGCUGGGUGUUGGGACUCUGAUGAAUUUGGCUUCGCUGUAAGCCCAGCAGUAGGAAGAUCAGGUGGUCUCUUAAGUAUGUGGGACUCAAACACUUUCAAUGUUGUUGAUAUUGUCAGAACAAGGUACUUCCUGAUCACAUGUGGUACUUGGGAUGGAAUUCCUGGUACUACUAACCUUGUCAAUGUGUACGGGCCCCAUGAUCCAUCAGAAAAGAGAAGACUAUGGGAGCAACUUGGUCAAAUAAAAGGAGAAAUGGAAGGUACAUGGAUAAUCUUCGACGAUUUUAACACUGUCCGUAGACGGGAGGAGCGACUAAAUUCCCAAUUUUGCCCAUCAUCUGCAUUUCACUUUAAUCGGUUUAUAUCUGAAACCGGAUUGCAUGAUCUUCGAAUGGGAGGCCACAGAUUCACCUUCCUAUGCCAAACUGAUUUCAAACUGAGCAAACUUGACAGAUUCUUGGUUUGUAAUAACUUCAUCCACUUAUUCCCCUCCACCUCCACUACAGCUCUCCCUAGAGAUUUGUCUGACCAUUGCCCUGUUAUCUUACAAACAUCCCUCCCUGACUAUGGGAAACCUCCAUUCCGGCUAUUCAAUUCAUGGCUAGAUCGUGAGGGGUUUGAAAAAAUUGUAAAGAAUGCAUGGGUAGAAUUUAGGGGAUUUGGCACCCCUGACAUGUACCUGAAGUCCAAACUAAAAUUCUUGAAGGAUGAAAUAAGGAAAUGGCGGGCCACAGACUACCUAAAGGAGCUACAAGAAUUGCAAGAAACAAAAAGGAGAGUACAUGAACUCGAAUUAGCAGCAGAGGAACGUACUCUUAGUGAUACAAAGAUUACCGAAAGAAGGGCUGGUUUUAAAAAAAUAGCUGAACUGGAAAAGUACGCGGUCUCAGACAUUAAACAGAGGGCAAAAGUCAAAUGGGCAGUCGAUGGGGAUGAAAACUCAUACUUUUUCCAUGGAUUCGUUAAUAACAAAAAGAGAGAAAACAAUAUUGCAGGGUUACUAAUUGAUGGGGUAUGGAUUACGGAGGCAGAAACUAUCAAAUCAGAGAUCUUCAGGUUUUAUCAGAUUAAGUUCCAAGAGAAGUGGCCCUCAAGACCCAAGUUCUUCAACCCUAACUUCUCCUCUCUGGAUCCUCCAUCAAGUGCAAGUCUUGAAGUCCCAUUCACUGUCGAGGAGAUAAAAUGA